AUGUCUACUGAUCGAGAAAUGACUGAUAGAGGAACUGGUGCAAGUCCUCCUUGUUCACCAACACGUGAAGUUGCUUGUUCACCGAUCAAAUUCCGUUCUGCAAUUGAAGCAUCAACGUCUGAUGAUUCGGAAGAUGAUUCGAUGCUGAAUCAACAAACAAAGAUGAGAAAGGAUCAUACGAAGGUGAUGAAUAAAAUGAAUAGUAGUCAAUUAAUAGCUCCACUUCCAUCUUCGUCAAGCAACACAUCGAAUAAUAGUACACCAGUUUUAGCAUCAUCUUCGCCAAUAAAUCCAAUACCAUUAAUGUCGAUUGGAUUCAAUAAUCGUUAUGGUUCUUAUUCAACUAAUCGUUCAUCAACAUUUAAAAAUAACAUAAACAAAAAUUGGAACAAGACUCGAGAGUGGCCUGUUGAUCCACCAGGUCGUUAUCAUUUUAAACAUCAUCAACGACGAAAAAGACUCAAUCAUCAACAUCAACUUCAUUAUCAACAUAGUCAUCAUGGUCAUCAAUGUCAUUGUCUAUCAUGUAUUUCAAGACCUCCAACAACAACAUCAGGUAAUGAUGUAUGA